AUGACGGGUAAAUUCGGAGAGAAUAGAUCGUUCUGCGCCGCCAGGUGGCAACACGAGACUCCAUCCCGUCGUAAUGAUAGAAUAUCCAUAUUGAAAUUUUGGGAAGAAGAGGUGGUCAUUUUCAAAGGGCGCUCCGUAGGCAGUGUAGUACUAGAAGCUCACGUCGGUGGCAGCAAAACGCCUCAAAAAGAUCGCGUCCUCCCAGAUGCAGGCCAAUUCAGCUAUCCCCACGACCGAUUCGUCACGAUAUCGCCCUCGGCAUACCGUAAACAGGAAAGGCUCGUGAUAUUUAAAUCAAAACGAGCUCGCAACUGGCAGUGGCGCGUUGCGCUUGACGGUCAAUUGCAGCUUAGACCACAACCGCGAUCACCAGUUGGAUCUGGGUUUUUAAACCCUGGAAUCAACGACAAACGCCCAAACCCCACUCUUCACCUCAGUAAUCUGAGCUCCGUUUCGCUUGACCCACAGCAACAUUAUGCACGACCCCCAGGUCAGGGCCCCUCGGACGGUCAAGACGGAGAAGGUCACUACCGCAUAUACGGCGCAAUCAACACAAACAGCUUUGGGCUGGCUGAGAAGCGAUCAACAGAGAAGGUACGAUUUGGGAAAUUGCCUGAUGUGGUGCUGCGCGAGCCUUGUCAAGUCUAUUGUCGCGUUUACAAGAAAGAGGGUGCAAUGCCUUCAAGGACUCCUUUUGAUCCAGACGAUGACACUUUGCGUCGCGUCGUCAUUCCCCUUAUCACGGCUCCUCACACCGUCAUUUCCCUUAAUUCUUGGAUUGUCAAGGCUGAGUGCAUGAGCGGGGGGAUCGGACUAUCCGAUGAUAUGGACGGUGAGGUGCUGAUGAGCGACGAUAACCCUGUGUCUUGCUCUGUGCAAACCUAUCCAGGUUAUACGGAGACGAGUUGA